GCGGGGUAGGAAGUGUCUCCCGCGGCGUGUCUGGGGCUGGUCUCCGAGUGCGUGUGUGUGUGUGCGCGCGCGUGUGUGUGUGUUUUCUUAAGCCGGGCUAUUCAAACCUGCUGCAAUUCUCCGGUAAACAAUGAUUCAUGGGGCUUAAUGCAAAUAAACGGAUUGCAAACGGCGCGGUUCGCGCACUUUGCAGCCGGCCCGGUGGAGCGGCCAGUGCCGGAUUUCUCCCUUUUUUUGCAGAUCUGCAGAAUAUGGCGUCCCUGUCCUGUUUUAAAAAUAAGCCAGGCUGCCAUUUUUGUUUUUCUUUUGUCUGAAAAUUUUAAUAAAACUGUCUGAGAAUGUGGGAGAGGCGGCUGGAAGCAGAGGGGGCACCCGAAGGGUUGGCUUUUUUUCCUUUUCUUUGGCGAGAGCCGCGAGCCUUUCGGGGAGGUGAGACACAAUGCAAUUGCACUUUAAAGAAAAAAAAAGGGGAAGCUGCCGGGCGAUUUGGGGGGCAGGGCUGAGAAUUUAAAGUUAACUCCGAAAGUUUUCUUUUCUUUUCUUUUCUUUUUUUUUUUUGAAAGGCAGUGAAAUGCCGCGAAAGGAUCCCGGGGCCCAUUUCUCCCCCCAGCCAGCUGCCUUUGCAGGGUUUUUGGGAAAAGUUAACUGCCGGUUUCCUCGGAGCUGCGCUGGGGAUGUGGAGGCUUGGGGAUGGGAGUUUGGGGGGAAGCGGGAAACGUCUGUUGGAAGGAGCUCUACAAAAAUGCCAUUGUACAGAACUGUGUCCUCAGAUCUGGGGGAGAGGGCUGGCAAUUGGGGUUCGGAGCUAGCCUAGGGUUUCCAGCUAAGACCCCUGGCUUGAGGAAAUAAUCCUGUUCUCCCACCACCCUGCCCUGGAGCAGUGUGGAACCUUCGGGAGCGGUGUGUGUGUGGGGGGGUGGGCCUGUUUCCUUCAUGGGUGGCCAGGCCCCCCUGGUAGGUGGCGAUCCUGCCAGGCCCUGGGGUGACUCCCAGGCCCUUCACUCAAGUGUGCUUGGCUGUCUGCAGUUGCAGAGCCCCUUCCCCAACCUGGUGGUCUGCUUGGCCCCCAGAGGUGACAUCUGGUGGUGAAUAGCCCCACAGCUGCCCGUUGUGGGCUUUUGGCUGGGUGCAGGCCUGCAGCCCCAGCGGGUCCUGUCUGAGGGGAGUGGCAGGAGAGGUUGUCUGCUCUGCUGGUCACCAGAGCUGUGAGCUCUCCCCUGUGGUGGGCUCUUAUCCCUUUCUGCCACCCCUGCCCUACACCCGGCAGUUUGAACUUCAGAUAAGUUCCUAAAGUAUCUCGCUGGACAGGUCAGGGCCUGCUGGCUCUGCACGCUGCUGAGGGGGUCUGAGGCAGGUCUGCAAGGUCUGGGGUGGCUGGUGGACAGUGUCAGCUCCCUGAAGACAGAGUCAGGUGUUGAUGGCUGGGGUUUAGAGGUUCAGGGCUGUGGAACUUGGCACGCCUGAGCCAGAGGGUAACCAAGCCAGGCGCUGUUUAGAUGGAGAAACUGAGGUCCAGAAAGUGGAAGUGACUUGCCCAAAGUCACACUGCCAGGUAGAAGAAGAGCUGAGCCAGGAGCCCAGAUGUUCAGACUCCCAUGGCGGGGGUGUCUCCCCUGUUCUGCACUGGGGGCCAAGACCCCUGGAAGAUUCGUUUUGGACAGAACUGGACUGGAGUAGGGCAGCAUGACCCCUUUACUCCCCCUCUAAUUCCACCAUCAUAAUCCUUCCUGAGAGGAUUGGACUUUACAGUUUGUACAGCAUGGUGUACAGUUGUUACCAUGACUUAGGAAACCACGGCUGGGAGAGGUUGAACAGUGGCAGAGGUGGCUUAAACUCAGGCCUGCAGACUCCUUGUCUGCGACUUUUCCCAGGUGGACUUCAGUGCUCGUGGGCACAUUUGAGAGAAUUUGGUCUCUGAAAUUCUUCUGCUGACCCUAGUGACUGUGUAAAAAUACAGAGGCCCAUCCCCCAAAGAAUGUCAGAGCUAGAAAGGCCCUUUGAGGUCAUCUGGGCUCAGAGAAGGGAAACCACCAGCUGGAAGUCACCUAAUGAUUUGGGGCCCAGCUAGGACCAGAGUCCUGGUCUACUGUCUCCAUUCCUCUGUGAGAUGCUCAGAGGGAGAGUGAACCACUCCAGCCACUGCCAGGCUCCACUGGGCCCAGGAGAGCAUCGGUGGCUGGGGGUGAUGCUCUACGGAGAUGGGACUGUGGAAUGAUGACCAACACUUGGCGGAGACAUGGGGACGUCUCCCCAUCUUUAGUCUUGGGAAGCAGGCUGGUCCCAGGUGGCAAGGAGGAAGCUGAGAUGUGGGUGAGGUGUGGACUGGGUCUGAAGCCAGGCUGGCCCCAGCCCUUCCCUGAGCAGACACCACCGUGCCCUGCCCCUCUGGCCAUUCCUUCCUCCCUCCAUCUGUUCAUUCUUCCACCGCUGAUUAGUUUAUUCACUCAUUUGUUGCUAGAUCAUUCCUUUAUUCUUUCAUUGUCCAUUCAUUAGUUUAUUGGUUAGUCAUCUCAGAAGUCCAUCUGUCUGUCUGUCCAUCCAUCCUCACCUCGGCUCACCCAGCCCAGGUUGGACAGACAUGUGAGAUACAAGUAUAGUCCUCUAGGGCUCUAAAGCCAAUGAGAAAGAAGAGGUGAGAUUGCAGGUGCCUAAAGCGCUACCCAGGGCAGUAUUCACUGGGUGCCUACGUGAGUCCCCAGGGAAGUUCUCAGAGAAUAGGAGGCUUGAAAACAGCAAGGGGGUUCCACAGACCAUCGCAGUGUUGGACCUGGGGCCGGAGAUCAAGUCCAUGGUGUCACAUGGCUGUGUGACUCUGAAUACAUUCUUUCCCUCUCUGAGCCUCAGUUUCCUCAUCUCUGAAAUGGGGUACUCUCCGUGAAUCUCUCAUGGGUUGUUGGGAGAGUUAGCAAGACAGUGUCUGCCAUGUCUCCCAGCCCUGGCACAGGCACGGGGUUGGAGCUCUGUAUACGCCCACCAAAUGAUGAGGAUUGUUGGUUACCGUUCUAGGCCCUGCCUUGAUUUUGAGAAACAUGUUGGUUUCAGAAUAAGCCAAAUGAUCUGGGGACCCUGAAAGCCCGCUCUGCCUUGUCAUUCUCCUGCUGAAACUUCUAAUGUUUCCUAGGCAUUUAGAAGAAAAAACAUCCCAGGGCCUUUUUGGGCCUACAAAGCUCUUCAUGGUCUGGGCCCUGCCCACCUGUCAGCUCUCCCUCCUCACCCUGGAAUCUCACCACCUCCAGCUUCUUUCCGCACCUAGAGUUUACAAAGCCUGUUGGCAGGGCCUUUGCACAUUCCCCCGCCUGGAGUGCUUUUCCCUAAGUGUUUGCAUGGCUGGCACCUUCUUAUUUCACAGGUUUCCGCUUGAAUGUCACCUCCUCAGAGAGGCUUCCCAGACCACUUGCUCUAAAAUAGCUUCCCACUGCCACUCCCUGUCACAUCAGCCUCUUUGAAUUUUCUCUUGUGGCUCUUAUCAGCAUCUGAGACCUUUUCAUCUGUUUAUUUGCACUUCUUGCCUGUCUGCACCACUAGAACAUGCCGAAACCCCCUGCGCGCGCAUGAGCAGGUAGUUCUGCCAUGGUGUGGCUGGGGCCUUAGCAGAGGUGAGGCAAGGCGAGCCAGUCCAGGUGUGGCGGCAGCCCUGGCCGACGGGCAGUGCCUGGGAGAUGCAGUUCUCCUUCCCCUGGGAGGCUCAGGGCUGUUGUCAGGAAAUAACAAGAUGAUUAAAUCACGGAAUCUAAGGAUCUCAGUCUCUUCCAACCUCAGAACCUUAGAUUCUCAAAAGCAUCUGCGAAGCUUUCCAGCUCAGAACCUGUGGACACUUGAAGUUUUAACAUGAUAUGAUCUUAGAUUUAAACUCUUGCAAGGUGAACUUUCAACUGCCUUAUUUAUUUAGUGGCUCAGAGCAAUCACUUUGUGCCAGGCCAAAGGCUUUAUAAAUAUUCACAUAGUUAAUUCCCAUUUUACAGAUGAGGAAACCGAGCCAUAGAGAGAUUAGGUGACUUGCUCAAGGUUGUGGUGCUCAUUGGGGCUGUUGCUGGGAUUUGAACCCAGCACUCUAGGACUCCUCCUUAGAAUCCUUCAGCUGUUGAGGGGAAGCCCAGCCUCACCUCACCUGACCCCUGCACAGACCAAGAUUCCCUUUCCCACACCCUCUACAAAAGGGCCUCUGGUCUCUGCUAGAAACCCACUCCAGUGAGCACCCUCCUCACCAGGGCCCCCCCCAUCCCCCAUUGUGACACAAUUCUCAUGGCUGGGGAGAUUUCCUCCUUUACAAAGUGUAAAGUGCUGUACCUCCCCAUAUGCCUGCGACGUGAUGUUAGUGUUAGGGUUUCCCAGUGCCUUGACCCUGUGGUUUCAGGGCUUCAGUAGCCUCUCUCUUCCCACUGGUUUGUGAACUUCUUGAGGGCAGGCAGCCUCCGUGCACAGCAUUGAAUGUGUGAAUGAAUGAAUGGGUGUGCAGACACCAGGCAGGCAGCCUCCGUGCACAGCACUGAACAUGUGAAUGAAUGAAUGGGUAUACAAACACCGGGCAGGCAGCCUCCGUGUGUUAAACGUGUGCGUGAAUGAGUGAAUGGGUGUACAGACACCAGGCGGGCAGCCUCAGUGCACGGUGUCGACUGUGUGGAUGAGUGAAUGGGUGUACCAACACCGCAUGGACCCUCAGUGUUUCCCGAGCCCCUCCCAUCUCUGUAGCCCAGUGCUUGACACUUACCCAGGGUAUGUGGACAGGCUUGGUGUACUCAGGGAAAGGACACAACAGUAUCCCUCCAAUAAAGUCUGCACCAGAUGACACUUAAGUACACAAAUCUUGGAGAAUUAUGUGAGAGCCAAAGUCAUGCCCUGUUAGGAGAGAAGUAGACUUCCACACCAUCGAGUCAAACCUCAUUUUACCCGUUGGGGAAACUGAAGUGGAAAGGCAGAGGGGCCGGGCCUCGUCCAAGGCCACGUGCAUCUGUGGAGGCUUUACCUGGCGGGCUUUCUGCUCCCCAGGUGCCAGCAGGCUGCCACAGUGUCAGCCUUGGGUUCAAAGGCAGGGGAAAGCCCCUGCUGGGGCAGCCGCUCCCUCUCUGGCACCAGUUUCCUCCACACUCCACAAUGGGGACAACAUUCCUAGAUGUCCAGGGCUGUGCGUGGCACUCGGGUGGGGCUGAGGAAGCUGUCCGCGGUGAAAGUGGGUUGCGGCCAUGGUGGUGGGGAUGGCUUUCCGGAACUCGUGGCUGGAGCUGGGCUGGAUUUGGGGAGGUGGCUGAGUAGGAUCUUCCGUGGAUAAGGUCAUGGGGAAGGCUGAGGGAUUUGGCUCUGGGGCCUGCAUGGUCCUGCCGUGUCCCUGCUUCAUGUGUGUGGGCAUAAGUGUGUCCUUGGUGGGCUCCCACCAUCUGGGUCCUUUUCUGAGCUUUGGGCAAAGGCUUCAGGGUCCUCGAGGGGACAGUCUAGCCAGCCAUCCAGGUUCUGGGAUUCUGUGGGGGCAACACCUGGCUGGGGGGCACACCCCUCCACACUCAAAUACCCACAUUCAUACAUAUUCACAUUAUCGGCUAUUCCACUGCAUGCUGACCCUCCCACCCACCCCACCUUUGCCAAUUUGGGGUUCUCCCUUGCUGUUUCAGAAAUACCCCUGCAGAUGCCCUGAAUUGGGCCGCCAGGAGUUGAGGAGGCACGUCUGCUGGAGUGUGCAGCCACACACGGUGCGCACACGCCAUACAGGAGCAUGUGCAUACACUCCUGCCACCUGCAGGAUCACACACCUGGCCAUGCACCCAUGUGUGCCCUCCCAGGAAGCAACAUGCAGCCGCAUGCCCAUUCAUCUGCACGCCUCUCACACUCUUGAUACACGCCCUGCUCGUCUGCACACACAGCUCUGUGCACCCAGGCCUACUCAGGCACGCCUGUGUUUUUCCACAUAGUGUGUCUUGCACACACGUGCUCAUUUACACCUGUGAGAACGUGACCUUACAUUCUGGGCCUCGAACAUGCACCCUCAUGCACACUCCUGCACUCGGGCAUGUGCCUUACACCCUGCCUGGCUCUGCUCGAAGUGGUGGGGCAGGCAGCUCAUUUCCACCCCCACCUUCCUCCAGGGGUAUUCUUGAGCACUUACUGUAUACCAGCCCUGUGCUAAGCUAAGCCCUGUGCUAAGGUGCGCAGAAAACAGAUGUACGCAGACAGGGAGGCAGACGUCAUACAAAAGGCCACACAAAUAAUUGUGUGAUUACAGAUUCUGGUCAGUGCUGGGAAGGAACUACUUUUCCAUAAGGGCUUCCCUGUAGCCUCCUGCUUCUACAUUCACCACGAGCAGGGUGACAGUGGUGGUGUUGGGGUGCUGGGAGGAAUGGAUACCUGGACUGUGACAUUUUCUAGGUGAAGGGCAUUCCAGGCAGAGGGAACAGCCUGCCCUGGGCCAAGACCUUGAGGUGGGACAUCCAGGACUGCAGAGAAGGUGGUAGCCCUGCCACCUGGGGGAGGGCGUAGGGAGGAAGGGGCAGGUGGGGCCCAGUCUGGUAGGGCCUGGUAUGUUGACCCCACCCACAUGCCCACCCCAGACGCUGCCCACUCCUUUCUCUGACCAGCCCAACCUUCCUUCGCUGCCUUGCACUGCGCAGGGCCCACCCUGUCUGCCGCCUCCACCCCAGGCCCCACAGGCUGCGUGCUUGGCCGGGGUGGGGGGUGGGGUGGGGGGUGAGGCAGCAGGAGAGCAGGCGUAUGGCCUCCUGCCAGGAGUUCCCUGCCCCAGGACCCCUGAGACCUGUCUAGAAAGCUCCUGGGGGCCAGGCCAGAGCUGGGGUUAGCAGUUGGCUUUCUUGUUUUGAGUUAAUCCCAGAUCUGGACCUCUGCCAGUCAGCUGGGCGGCCCCUGUGGGUCCUGAAAACUGCCCAGAGCUACUCCCCCCUACCUCCCAGGUAGCAUCACUGGUUGGUCAGUUUUCCAUGCCAGUCUGUGGAAUGCUGGGAAAGGCUCUCAGGCCUUAGAGACCCUAACAACGAUGACAACUGCUAAUGCUUACAGAGUCCUUACUGUGUGCCAGGCACUAUUCUAAAGACUUUGUACAUAUUAACUCAUUUAAUCCUCACAACAACCCCGUGGAAAUACCAUUAUCAUUCCCAGUUUACAGAUGAGAAAACUGAGGCUUGGGGAUUUAGGUAACAAUACUAAGGGCCCAAGCUGGGGCUCUUUGGGCCCAGAAGCAGUACUUUUAACCCCUGAGCUGCUACCUUGUCCCUCUGAGGGUCCAGGAACCCAGGCUGUGAUUUACUUGAACUCCUCCAUCUUAUAGAGGAGGGCGUGGAGGCCCAGAGCAGAAAUGGACUUGCCAGAAAGUUCUGUCCCCACUGCCCUCCUAUGCUGCAUGACCUGGGACAGGCUAAUACCCCUCUGAGCCUCAUUCCUGACCCCAAACAAGGAAGAGAUCAUCACAGAAGCUUCGGGGGACAGGAGGGGACUGUAACUGAUGAGGGACUAGAGGUGAAGGCUUCUUAGUUACCCUGGAUGUGUGCUUCCUGGUGCUGUUGGGAACACAGAGGAAGUGACUGACUGGGGGUUCAGGGAAAGCUCCGUAGAAGAGGGAACACUUGAGCUGGGUCUUGAAGGAUGAGUAGAAGUUCACCAAGUGGGAAAGGACACUCUAGCUCGGGGCCCCCAGAGGGCAGGGAUCUUCCCAGUUGCCUCAGGUUCCCCAGCACUGGCCCCCAGUUUGGCCCAGAGGAUGUGUCCGGUGCAAAUGGUGGACGGAUGGACAGAUGGGCCAGCGGCCAUCAGCAGGCUGUUCUCAGUAGCCGCUCUAGGAGGAUGGCCGAGCCUCGAUUUAACAACCCCUACUUCUGGCCCCCUCCUCCCACCAUGCCCAGCCAGCUGGACAACCUGGUCCUGAUUAACAAGAUCAAGGAGCAGCUGAUGGCCGAGAAGAUCCGGCCGCCUCACCUGCCGCCCACGUCGGCCUCGUCGCAGCAGCCGCUGCUAGUGCCGCCGGCGCCCGCCGAGAGCAGCCAGGCCGUCAUGUCGCUGCCCAAGCUGCAGCAGGUGCCCGGGCUGCACCCGCAGGCAGUGCCGCAGCCCGACGUGGCGCUGCACGCGCGGCCGGCCACCAGCACCGUCACAGGUCUGGGGCUCUCUUCCCGGACCCCGGCCGUGAGCACGUCGGAGUCGAGCGCGGGCACGGGCACGGGCACCAGCACCCCGUCCACACCCACCACCACCAGCCAGAGCCGCCUCAUCGCCUCGUCCCCCACCCUCAUCUCAGGGAUCACCAGCCCCCCACUCCUGGACUCCAUCAAGACAAUCCAGGGCCACGGCCUGCUUGGCCCCCCCAAGUCCGAACGCGGCCGCAAAAAGAUCAAGGCGGAGAACCCAGGGGGUCCGCCUGUCCUAGUAGUCCCCUACCCCAUCCUGGCCUCGGGCGAGACUGCCAAGGAGGGCAAGACAUACAGGUGUAAGGUCUGCCCACUGACCUUUUUCACCAAGUCGGAGAUGCAGAUCCACUCCAAGUCGCACACAGAGGCCAAGCCCCACAAGUGCCCGCACUGCUCCAAGUCCUUUGCCAACGCCUCCUACCUGGCCCAGCACCUGCGCAUCCACCUGGGCGUCAAGCCCUACCACUGCUCCUACUGUGAUAAGUCCUUCCGACAGCUCUCCCACCUCCAGCAGCACACCAGGGACUUCCCCUCACCGGGCUGCCCGUUGCAGAAUCCACACAGGCGACAGACCCUACAAGUGCCCACAUCCUGGCUGCGAAAAGGCUUUCACUCAGCUCUCCAACCUCCAGUCUCACCAGCGCCAGCACAACAAGGACAAGCCCUACAAGUGUCCCAACUGCUACCGGGCCUACUCCGACUCCGCCUCCCUGCAGAUCCACCUCUCAGCCCACGCCAUCAAGCACGCCAAGGCUUACUGCUGCAGCAUGUGUGGGCGGGCCUACACCUCGGAGACCUACCUGAUGAAGCACAUGUCCAAACACACGGUGGUGGAGCACCUGGUGAGCCAUCACUCGCCCCAGAGGACGGAGUCCCCCGGCAUCCCGGUGCGAAUCUCUCUCAUCUGAGCCCACGGGAGGCGCCGCCCCGCCCGGCCCACUGGCAGACAGACCCAGGCAGCACCGGCCCUGACUCCCUCCAGGGGCCCUCCUGGAACCGCCGAGCUCCUCACGACCUUCCCAACCUUCCAGAACGCUUGGUCCGCAGAAGCCCUGCCUGGUCCAGCUCCGGGGCGGCCAGGCCAACUGCAAGAUUCUGGACUGUUUUGGUAGCAUCCAAAGACGAUCUCAGAGCACUUUGAACCUCUCUGUUGGGUUUUCUUUUUGUUCCCCACCCUUCACUUGCUUCACUGUUUUUUUUUUUUGUUGUUUUUUUUUUUUAAGUUUGUUUUGGAAAUAACAAAAAAGAUAUUUAUUGGCCAGGAAGUUGGUGCUGCUAAGACCGAGAAAUUAAAAGAAUCGGACAGAUGGACGCAGAGAACCACAGGGCAGCGUGGGACCUUCUCUUGCCGUGGCCUCAGGUCUUGAGGGAAGGCUCGGGCCUGCGUUUCUGGACUGCAAAGGGGACCACGAGGUGAGGGGGGCAGGGGGUCGUUGGAGUGCGCCCCUCGCCCCCGGGUGCCCCGCUCGGCCCUCUCGAGCUGUGCCCCGGGCGUCGCCCAGCAGAGGGAUGCGGCAGCCGCCGGGGCUGCCCAGGCUUCCGGAGGCGGCGACGAGAGAGGGGCCCCGAGAUCCGCAGGACCAAAGGGUGCAGUGAUGGGCUGGGUGGCGGGCCCAGGGACGUGGGGUGGGGGCGGGCUGGGUAAGACCUGGCCCUCCCUCGCUGCCCUGAAGACCACCCCAGUCUACCUCGGUGCUGGCCAGGAAACCUAUAGGCUACCUCUCCCGCCAUCCCAGACUGUGGGCAGGGGGAUGGGGAGGGAGUGGGCCUGGGCCUGGGACCCCCCUCCAGAAUUUCCUCCAGAUGGGGGCAGUGCCCAGGGAGGGGUCAUUUGUCUUCCCUGCCAUGGAGGGGGAAUCCCCAACCCAGGCCCUAUGCCCCUCAGCAGGGAAGGGAUCCUCGGGGAGGCGGGUCCCAGGAGCAGACCCUGUCCCCAGCCCCCACGGCACACCCCAAUCUGAAAGCCAUGCGUGUCCGUGUAUAUAGGAACCAUGUACAGAGCCCGGAGAAGCCCCCCACGUCCCCCCGGGAAAAAAAGAAAACUAGACAGAAACUCAUCUAUAUAUUCUGUAUCUGGAGUUCCGUUUUGAAUAUUAACUGUGUUAUUUUUAUACACUUUUUAAGCCUUAACUCGCCAUUGAUUUACCAGUUUAACGUUUCCUGGGGUUUCUUUUCCCAUGGGGUUCUCUGGCCCCACCCCCACCCCUUUGUUUGACUUGCGUCGUCUGAUAAACUCAGUAUUGUAGCUUUUUGUCCGCAUGUUACUACCCUGUAAAUACGCUGUUAUACAUACUGUUAACACCCCUUUGCUUUUUUCUAUGGGACCUCCAGGCCACCAUAUUUAGAACUAGUUACCUUAUUAAAAAAGAGAAAACAGUCUGUUGGCUUCUCAGUCUGCAUCUUGGUGGCAGGGAGGUGAGGGCAGGUGCCCCUCAGACACUUCAGGAAAGAAGUUUGCAUUCUAUUUAAAAAGGGGGUGGGGAGCAAAAUAAUCAAAUGUGGGGGGAGAACACUAAAGGGGGCAAGAAACAAAGGAAUUACAAACCCUCUGCUCUUUGUAUUUCUCUGUUGUGAAGAAUAAACUGUACCUGCACCCGGG